AGUACAAUGUUUAAAGCUCUGUGUUCUGGCUCUUCGUGAAAUAUCUUGUGUUCCCCCCCCCCCGCCACGGGUCAUGCAGCCAUUAGUAUUCGGCACAGCCUGCUGGCCUGCCUGUCCUGCUGGCGGGAGGGAGCGGCGUGGGGCCCGUGGGGGAGACACGAACCAGUCUAUAUAAAGCUCUGCUCAGUGAAGGAACGGCGACGAUUGGCGGCUCCUGGUACGCCCGUGUGUCCGUUGGUUCGCCCUGUAUCCACGAACCCGCUGGACGAGUUCCGCGCUAGUUGCUGCGUCUGUUGUUAUGGUGAUCAUGACGCGGGGAGGGUGACGACGCGCCCCCUCGUCUGGUGAGCACGCGGGAGUGAGUGAGCCUCGAGUGGUGGUGCACGUGAGGGGCGGACGGACGGACGGACGCCACACCUCGCCCAGUUCCCAGCGGCCAGCCCAGCCUCAACCCACGUCGCCUGCCUCCUCCUCCCUGCCCCUGCCAGGGGCGCCAUGAUCGCGUGGCUGCUGCUGGCAGUGACGGGCCUGGUGGUGAACGGGGCGCCGGGAAAGGAACAGCACCACCAGCACCACCUGCCCCGCGAGACCCGGGUCCUCUACGCCCGCACAAUCGCCACCUCCAUCCUCAGCAGCACGCCCCCUGGAGCCCGGCUGAUCGGCGCCCGCGGGGACCUGCCGCCGCUGGUAGACCGCCUGAUACACAACGCCACCGCCAUCAGGAGGAACAUCGUCGACACCUUCAGCUGCAAUGGAAGGGUGUACGGCUACUACGCUGACCAAGACAACGACUGCCAGAUCUUCCACAUCUGCGUGCCGAUGCAGCAGCUCUUCCCGGACCUGUACGGACCCGAGGACCUCUACCACUUCUCCUUCAUCUGCCCGGGCUACACCAUCUUCUCCCAAGACUCGAUGACGUGUGACUGGGAGGACUCGGCCUUCCCCUGCCCUCAAGCGCCGCAGCUGUACGACCGGAACAACCACUUUUUCGUGGUGCCCGCCGAAGAUGUGCAGCGGACCAGCCCCACCCCCAGCCCCGCCCCCAUUUCCCCCAGCCCUGCCCCACGGAGUCAACCCAGUCCCACCCUAAGUCCAGACACUGCCCCAUUCCCAUCGUGGCAAACCUCUAGUCCCAGCCCCUUCUCUGAUACCACUUUCGACUCCUCUCAACGGAACAGCCCCAGUACAAGUUUUACCUCCAGUCCCACCCCAGCCCCUAACACUAGUCCUUUCCCCUCACGCCGAACCGCAAGUCCCAGCCCCACCUUUACUCCCAGCCCCAGACGUCGCAGCCCCCGACCCUCCGUUUCACGUCGCAAUCUUACCCCAAGCCCCACUCCUAGUCCCAGCCCCACCCCUAGCACCAACCCCAUUUCUGGACCCAUAAACCCCACCACUACCCCCAGCUCCACCAUCAGACCCAGCCUAGACCCCAACGCUAUUCAUUUCCGUCGGCGAUUCAGACCUAAUGCUUCACGGCGUACUAUUACCCCCAGCCCCAUGCCUGCCCCCAGCCCCACGACUACCCCCACCCCCACGGCUACCCCCACCCCCACGACUACCACCAGCCCCACGCCUAUCACCAGCUCAACCCGUAGUCCCAGCCUUACUUCCAGCCCCAGAGCAACACCCAUUCCUCUCCGUCGUAGCCCCUCGCCUAUACCUUUAAUACGAAUCCCGACUACCAGCCCCACUCACAGCCCCAGCCCCAACAAUAACAUCAGCCCAAGCAUGACUCCCAGCCCCAGACCUCUUCCUUUCCGUCGCAACCCCACACCGAUUCCUUACAGCCGUACCUUCAACGAAAGCCCCACUAAUAGCUCCGACCUUAAAUUCAGUCCCCUUCCCCCCAGUUCCAGCACCACCCCCAGCCCCCCUCCCCCAAGCACCAGCACCACCCCCUCCCCCGCCCCUCGACGCCCCCCCAGUUAUAGGUUGAGAGCUGGUUUGUUCCCUCGUCGCCGCCGCCGCCACCACCACCGCCACCCAAACCUUGAACCUAAAGCGUUUGAGGGGGUCUGAGGAGCUCCUUAUUAUCCUCCCUACACAUACUCUCUUUUAUUUCACGUUUUCAUGAUAUCUCCUCCCUAUCUCCUGUUUCUUUUUUUUCCUUCUUCCCAUCCCUUUCAUCUCUUUUGUUUGCCUCUCUCUUUUUCUUCCUUUUCACUUCCCUUCACCUGGUCUGUCUCCCUCAUUUUCUUUCUCAUUUACUUUCUCUUCCUCCAAGUUCUUUCCCUUCCCUACCUUCGUCUGUCUCUAUUUUCCUUUUUCUUUACCUUCUUCUAUACGUCUUUUCCUUUCUUUCACCUCGUCUACGUCCCUUCUUUUUCUUCCUUUCCCCUUUUCCUUGCAUUCACCUCCCUUCGGCUCCUUUUUCAACCUUUUCGAUUCCCUUCCCACCUCUCAUCACCCUUGGCUCCAUUUUCUUCCUUUUCCUUCCCUUCUCUUCCUCCUCUCUUCCAUCUGUCUCCCUCUCCCUCAAGUUAGCUCUCCUUCACUCCCUCUCCCUUUUCCCUUCCUCUCUCUCUCUCUCUCUCUCUCUCUCUCUCUCUCUCUCUCUCUCUGGUCACGGUCGCGGCUGACAGUCACUAUUCAGUCCGUCCAACUUUAAUGAGCGGGCAUUAUUAUUAUUAUUGUUAAGAGAAGUGUACCUGCAAAGACUGACGCGUAUAUACAUGUAUGUUGUGCUUCUAACCCGUGUUGUGUAUUACUAUAUAGUACUAAUGUUAAUAAAAGACAGGAGCGUAGCAGCCUAUCACGUUGCAUCGCUCAGUGUACAAACGGUUAA